CGCGGCGCAGGCGCACUUCCGCUCAUCCCGCGGUGGCUGCGGCGGCGGCAGUGGCGGCGGUGCUGGGCAUGGUACCCGGGUCGGAGGGCCCGGCCCGCGCCGGGGGCCUCGUAGCUGACGUGGUGUUUGUGAUAGAGGGCACGGCCAAUCUGGGGCCCUACUUCGAGGGACUCCGCAAGCACUACCUGCUCCCGGCCAUCGAGUAUUUUAAUGGUGGUCCUCCUGCCGAGACGGACUUCGGGGGAGACUAUGGGGGAACUCAGUACAGCCUCGUGGUGUUCAACACGGUGGACUGCGCUCCCGAGUCCUAUGUCCAGUGUCACGCUCCCACCAGCAGCGCCUAUGAGUUUGUCACCUGGCUGGAUGGCAUUAACACCGUGGCCCCAGGCGGAGUGAGCGGCCCUUCUCCAGCCCAGCUCGGGGCCCCAGCCCUCGGCGGGCAGCAGUCAGUCUCCAAUAAACUCCUGGCCUGGAGCGGGGUCCUUGAAUGGCAGGAGAAGCCCAAACCUGCCUCCGUGGAUGCCAACACCAAGCUGACCCGAUCUCUGCCUUGCCAGGUCUACGUGAAUCAUGGCGAGAACCUGAAAACAGAGCAGUGGCCCCAGAAGCUGAUCAUGCAGCUCAUCCCGCAGCAGCUGCUGACCACCCUGGGCCCUUUGUUCCGGAACUCAAGGAUGGUCCAGUUCCACUUCACCAACAAGGACCUGGACUCCCUCAAAGGCCUCUAUCGCAUCAUGGGCAACGGCUUCGCGGGCUGCGUGCACUUCCCCCACACGGCCCCUUGCGAGGUGCGUGUGCUCAUGCUCCUGUACUCGUCCAAGAAGAAGAUCUUCAUGGGCCUCAUCCCCUACGACCAGAGUGGCUUUGUCAACGGCAUCCGGCAGGUCAUCACCAACCACAAGCAAGUCCAGCAGCAGAAGCUGGAGCAGCAGCGCGGGAUGGGGGCACAGCAGGCACCCCCUGGGCUGGGCCCCAUUCUGGAGGACCAGGCAAGGCCCUCGCAGAAUCUGCUCCAGCUCCGCCCACCGCAGCCCCAGCCUCAGGGUUCCGUGGGGGCCUCAGCAGCUGCAGGGCAGCCUCAGCCCCAGGGUGCCACCCAGGCCCCCCCAGGCGCCCCACAAGGACCUCCUGGAGCAGCCCCUGGCCCACCUCCUCCUGGACCCAUCCUUCGGCCCCAAAACCCUGGGGCCAACCCCCAGCUGCGGAGCCUCCUUCUCAACCCACCACCGCCGCAGACUGGGGUGCCCCCACCCCAGGCGUCUCUCCACCACCUCCAGCCACCAGGGGCCCCUGCACUGCUGCCCCCACCACACCAGGGCCUGGGGCAGCCCCAGCUGGGGCCCCCCCUCCUGCACCCGCCGCCCACCCAGUCCUGGCCUGCUCAGCUUCCCCCGAGGGCUCCACUGCCAGUGGCAAAACGAAAGAGAGAACGCGAGGGCCACGUGUUUCGCGAGAAAUGGGAGCGAGCCUAUUUCUUUGUGGAGGUGAAGAGCCUGCCCACGUGUCUAAUAUGCAAAAAAAUCGUGUCUGUGUUGAAAGAGUACAACCUGAGGCGUCACUAUGAGUCCAAGCACAGUAAGAGCUUCGACCAGUACACGGAGCAGACGCGAGACGCGAUCCUCAACGAACUGAAAAAGGGCCUCAAGUGUCAGUAGGGCUUUCGCUUUGGGAAGCAGAUGUAGGCGCAGCGGUGAGGGAACCGCAUUGAAAGACUCCCCCUCUUUGGGGCAUUAAAACCCCCUCGACAGGCGAAUUUGUAAAGGAGCAGAAACAAUGUGACCCAGACAGAAACCCGCGUCCAUCUGGACCGUCGUUUCAGUGUAGCCGACAUUCGCGUCACACGGGGAGGUGAGGACAGGUCCGAAGAUGUCCCAAGUGACAGUGGCUUGAAGAGUCAAAUCAAUCGUGGCCUUUUCUAUCGCUGCUCAUGAACUACAACCACCCAGUUAGCUUUAUUUAUUUGUGGUGUGGAGAACUCCAGCUUGACAAGGCAGGCCCGACACUGAGAAGUGAGCCGUUCUGUACUGUGUACUGAGAAAAGCACAGUCUCGCCCAGACCAGUCCAGAGGCCUGAACAUGGCUCCAGACCAUGGUGGCGACCCAGCCGUCAGUGUCAUGGGGGACCCGGGCAGGAUGCCUCCAUCUCAGGUGACAUUUGUCAAGAAUACCAGCCAGGUCGUUGCAUCCAUCACCAGGCAUCAAACUGUGCUAAGAAUGUCAGCAGAACACACCAUGGACUUCCUCACCACGCUUCUGUACCUUAACCAUGGGCAGGUUGGUGGUGAACUUGCCCCGAUGUAUUUGAUAGUUGUUCUGUGACCCGAUCAUCACGGGUUGUGUGGAAGAAAUCUGAACCACUGCAUUCAGUCUACUCUCUCAUUUCAGACAAGGCCAAAGCCACACCUUGGUUCCCACAAGAAGGUCAGUCAAAGACUGUUGGUUGAAGUUUCCACCUUCCCAGACACUCUUUUUUCUCUGCAAGGACGUUCACAAACAGCUACUUGAAUGUAUGAUCGUAUUCACCUGGUCCUGGCAAAAAAAAA